AUGCCAAUUCAUUUACAGUCUGCCCAAGGUAGCACUGAGGGAAUGAGUGAUUCAGAGGACCAAGCAUCGCCACAAAGAAUAGAUCGACGCUGCGAAGAUGAGGCAACGCUUGCUGCUUCACGCCGUUUAAUCGAAAUGAUCGUCGACAUUGAAUGCAGAUUGCAAGGCAGUCAAAAUAUCAGUGGUUUAUUUAGCGGAGAUGAACAAGAAACAAAAUCGAGACAAAGAAGUGUUGCAGUUAUGAUUGCCUGGGCGAAUUUGCUUCAUCCUUUACCUAUUUUACCGUUCACCGAUAAGGUUUUGCUGCUGAAACAUUGCUCAGCACCAUUCGCCCUCAUGCAUACAGUUCAGCGAUCAUUAUGUUCUCCUCACAUUGUACUUCCGAAUGACACCUAUUUGUCAUUAACGUCAUUACAUAGCUGUGACCUUGUUUCAGCAGUCAGUCGCCUAUUAGAUGAAUUACUUACACCACUGCGACGGAUGAAUGUGGAAAAAGCGGAAUUGUCUGCAUUAAAAGCACUUAUCUUAUUAAAUCCAGAUAUCACUGGAAUUUCUGCACCAUCGCGCGACAAACUUCGAGAAGCUCGGGAUGGUGUUCUUAGAGCACUCUUUAUCUAUCUUUGCCAUAUAAAAUCGGCCGCAGAUGCAUCAGUUCGUUUAAGCAAUUUACUGUUAACUAUGCCAGCCUUAUUUUCGGUAUCUGUAUCACUUAUCGAAAAUACUCAGUUAGGUGUACUAUUUGGAUUAAUUGAUGAAAUUCCUUUGAAUAAUAAUUCGAAUAACAACAAAGAUAUGAAGGAGAACUUGAAUUUAUACGAUGAAACUUUACUAUUAACAAAAACCCCUCUGUUAACUGGAUUGGUAUCACCAGCAACUAUUCCAAUGCAACCAGAUUCAACAUCAAGCAUUUCACUCGCCAAUCCAGCUUCUACUCUUGCAUUACCUGUAAGAUACCAUUUUUUAUUUUAA